GCGGUGUUCGACUGUCUAUUAAACUGACUUCCUCUAAGUCUGGUUAUCUCAAUUAAUCUUUGUUAGGCAUAUUGCGAUAUGACGUCAACUGGCAUAGGUUGGACACUGGUCGCUCGGUUUUCAAACGAUGAUGACAAAAAUUGGAUGAAUAAUACUGGGCACUGGUGGUAUGACAAGAAUGACGUUUUGGGGGAAACAAGUGAUCCGUCGAUCAACGCUGACAUGAUAUGGCCAGCAUUCUGGCUGGUAAGCGGAAGCGAAUUCAAAAUCACGCGCAGUGACGACUCACAACAUACACCUUUGCUGCAGACCACGGUUAACUGUCUGGGUGGACAGACUUUCCGCUCCAAAGUCACAAGCUAUGGCGAUUUCAGAAAUGGUGUAGUUUGGGCCUCCGAUCAGUGCUUGGGGAAUUGCACUGUACAAUAUGGCGGACAAUACCAAUUAACUGCCGGCUUCCAGCAGGCGAAAUGCAGUGGAGAGAUACAAGGCUCCCAAGCAAUCGGUUUCUGGUGUGACUGGAGUAGUGGGGACGGGGCAGUGAUUAUGAUUGGCGGAGGUGGAAGUAGCUGCAAUCGCGCCGACCACGGGAUUGGGGUAACUGAGGCUAUCGAAGCUUCCUUUGUGUAUUGGUCAAGUGGUCAAUCUGAUUUUGGAGAUUUUGCCGGAGAUGUGCCAACUCCAGGCUACUCUUUAAACCUGUGGAUCCGAUGAUUGGUGAGGACCGGAACGGGAGAGAUUCUCCAUCACGUAAAUUAUAGCAAACAUAACUUGCACAGAGCUACACCUUCAUCAUUUAGACUUAUUUUAAUUUCAGUUACUGUGAUGCCGAAGCACUCGUUAAGGCUGUUAAGAGAACGUACACCUCCAAUCGGGUUAGUUAAAGAUUAUUGAAUCAAUCAAAAGAACCAUAUAAUGAUUUGGUGUUCUUUAAAAGUGAGAAGCGAGCGGGUGCUGCAAAGCGUGUAAAGUGUUCAUGCUGGCAACCGCUUUAUAAUUUAGUUUUAGCGGGAGAGUGGGCACCUGAGCGGAAUGGGACUGGCUAGACAAAGAGGCGACAACAACAACGAAUGGCUCAAGAAAGCUGGUAAGCUAACUUAGAGCAAACGCCCCCCGACAAAUGAUAACUGUAGUUUUCAUUGUAACGAUUUCCUCAAAACGACAGGAAAAUAGAGAAUAAGUGAUAAGAACCAUCCUCUCGGCGCUAUCAUGACGUUAUUUUCAAGGUGAUUAUGAAAAUAUUCUGCGAGUCUUGUUAUGAAGUCCGCUAAUUUGCAUGAUGAAUGGUAAAAUGUCGUUACAUAAAUAUUUUCGCACGGAUAGAGUCUGAUUACACAUUGAUUUAAGACCUGGUUUUAGAUGGUAUGGGUUCGAAUCGCUUAUUUUAAUUGUUCUGGUAUUUCUAAAUCGCCUAUGUUAAGAUAAUCGCAUUUUCAAUGCCUUAGUGCACAGCCAGUACGUUAAAGGACCCUUAUCAGCCUUCGCCGUUUUCGAUGCCAUGGACGUUAUUAAUAUUGCAUGGUGAAGCGAAAUCUUAUUGCUUUACUGUAAGUUGUGUUCCUGAAAUUAUCUUAAUUAUCUUUAAUCAGUCAUUUCCUUCGUUUCGACAUCCUCCGAAUAAAACAUAAUAGCCAAACUCUCACAUGUCAA